CCACGCCUCCCUCUGAGCCCUGCAAGCCCCAACGCCCACCCAGGCCUCCUCCUGCCGGCCAUAAAACCAUGAAGCCAUCCAGCCAAGCAGCCACCCUCUCAGCCGUCUGCCCAGAACCCAUCUGACCAUUCUUGAUACCAGCAGAUGCAAGAGCCCAAGAUGCGUUCAUUCUGGAGGCUCCUCAUCCUCCUUGCGUUGCUGCUGGCUUUGCCCUCAGCUCUGCACAAGCAGCCUUGGCCUGGCCUGGCUCAGGCUCACCCAGACAGCAAAUCCACCCUGGCAAGAAUUAUUGCCCAAGGUCUCAUGAAGCACAAUGCAGAGGACCAAAUCCGGAGCAUCCACCUCCUGGACAGUCUGAAUGACUCAAGGCAGAUGGUCCCUGGGAUGGUGGGCUGGCUGAUUGGUGGCACGAAACUCCCGCAGCAGCAAGAGAUCAGCAUCGACAUCACCAAUGUGCAGCUGGACUGUAGUGGGAUCCAGAUGUCUUUCCAUAAGGAGUGGUUUUCUACAAACGUCUCGCUUGAAUUUGACAUUGAAUUGACCCCGCCCUUCAAUAACGACAGCACCGCCCUGCACACAAGCAUGAGCCUUGCCGCAGAGUUCUGGCUGAAGAAAGACGAGUUUGGCCGGAGGGAUCUGGUGGUGGGCCCAUGUCGCACGGAGCCCAACGUCCACGUGACGGUUCUCGCUGAGGCUAUCACAUACAAGAUGAAACCCUUUCUCCACAACCUCAAAGAGAACAUAGGAAAAAUUAUCCCACAUCUGAUAGAAAAUCAGGUUUGUCCUCUCAUCGGCGACCUCCUCAGGCAGCUGGAUGUGAAACUGUUGAAAGGCCUCAUGGAACAGGUGGCUGCCCAUGAACUUGACCAACCGUGAGUCCAGCCAACAUCCGUGCACCAAGUUCAAGGGUCCUCCACUGCCUGCUGUUGAUCAGAAGGAGAUUCUACCUCUUGAGACCCUCAGUCUCCUCAGCAUGGGGCUCCUGCUGAACCUGGAAACUUGACCCCAGCCCCUUUAGACAUCCUGUCCCACAAUAAACUGUA